AUGUCCGGCAUGGAGGAGGAGGAGAACGCCGCCGAGCUCAAGAUCGGCGAAGAGUUUCUGAAGGCCAAGUGCCUGAUGAACUGCGAGGUGGCGAUAAUCCUGGAGCACAAGUGGGAGCAGCUGCAGCACAUGUCGGACGGCGGCGCCGACCAGGUCUCGCAGGUCUUCGAGAAGUCGCAGGCCUACGUCAAGCGCUUCAGCCGCUACAAGAACCCCGACGCCGUCCGCCAGGUCCGCGAGACGCUCUCCCGCUACAGCCUCGUCGAGUUCGAGCUCUGCACCCUCGGCAACCUCUGCCCCGACACCGCCGACGAGGCCAAGGCGCUCGUCCCCUCCCUCGUCCCCGGCGGCAGGUUCGACAGCGACGACCGGGUCGACAAGAUGCUCAACGACCUCUCACUCAUCAAGAAGUUCGAGUAG